AUGCCAGACCUCUACGAUGUGGUGGACGAAACAUGUGGGGAGGGAACAGCUAAUAUAGAGCUGACGGAAGAACAAAAACAAAAGCUACCACCAACAAGGACGCAAAUAUCCAACCUCAGUCUGCCAAAGGAGAAGUCGCAAAUUGGUGGGGCGUGUUCCAACCUUGUGAACUCUGUCGUUGGCGCUGGUAUUAUUGGCAUUCCCUACGCUCUGAAAGAAUCGGGUCUCGUAGCAGGAGUGAUACUGCUAGUCUUGGUUUCCUUCUUUACAGACAGGACUCUUCGAAUGUUGGUGGAAUUGGCGCAUUUUCAUCCAAAGCUAAAGGCGAUUGAUGUAUUGACGUUUGAAGACUUAAUUUCGCUACCAUUUGGAGAGAUUGGUGGCCACUUUAUUCUUGCUAGCAUGUUGUUUGUAGCAUAUGGAGCUAUGGUUGCCUAUCUGCUCAUCAUCAAGGAUACAGUUCCAAUCAUUAUUGGUUUUAGCGAUGAUCCAGGUGCUGGAGGAUUUAUGCAAAGCGAGUUGGUAAUGGUGGUAGCUUCCUUGGUGGUCAUUGUUCCUCUUUCGAUGCAGCGAGACAUGUCGAGUCUAGCUUAUACUAGUGCCUUGUCUGUCAUGGCGGACAUUGUGCUGGUGGGUAUUAUUGCCAUGUUUUCGCCCUAUCAAGAAACGGUUGCCAAUAAUGGUGGUAUCGUGGCGAUCAUGAAAGACGACGUGAUUGGCUAUGGAUUUUUCAUUGGUUUUGGAGUACUGACAACAGCCAUGACCUGUCAGCACUCGGCGUUUAUCGUUUCUGGUAGCCUGCAAGGACUUUCGACAAAGCGAUGGAGUAUUGUGACAAUGCUAUCCAUGGUAGCGGCCUGUUUUCUUUGUGCCAUUCUCGGUAUCACUGGAUAUCUUGGAUUUCUAGAUGAGACCAAAGGAGACGUCUUGAACAAUUUUGACUACGAAGCUCGGGAGGGCACCGUUGCGAGGUGUUUGCUUGCUCUUACCAUGUUCUUCACCUAUCCUAUGGAAGCCUUUGUGGCUCGACAUGUCAUUAUGAAGCUCCUAUAUGAUGGAGAUAUGGAUGGUGAUACUGUGUCGGACAAUUCUUCUUUCUUGGGAUCUUUGUCCAAUCGAAGAGUCAAAUGGACCUGGAUCUUGUAUCUCGCCACGUUGAUUCCGGCGUUGAUUGUCGAUGACCUGGGUCCAGUGCUCAGUAUCACCGGUGCGUUGGGUGGAUGUUGUUUGGCAUACAUUGGCCCUGGUCUGGUAUAUUUGGGAAUCAAUGGUGACUUUUUCCUAGAAUAUGUUGGGAGUGUCCUGGAUGGAUCGAAUCCCUCAACUCCGCCUGAUGCCAGUACGGAUGAUGAUGGAGCGUAUACCAACAUGGCUGUCGACCCAUCUUCCACCGCGCAACGACUAUCUGGACCAAAGCCUUGGUGGUGGUAUCCGCUAUUGAUGCCACUCUGGGUUCGAAUAGCAUCUCAUGGGUCCAAUGGAAUGCAAGAACGGCUGGCAGGGUUGGCAGCCCAACACCGCUUAUCGCUGAACAACGAAGAUUACCUUGGGACCGAAACAGUUAUUCCGACAAAGAGAGACUAUUUUCUGAGCAUUUUUUUCAUUGUAUUUGGAACAAUAUCUCUUAUCGCUGGACUCUUGUCCAAUUUUGUUGCAUAUGUAAUGUAA